CCAAUCCCAGGCACUAAAGUAAAGCUAUGCCUCCACGAGACUCCAAAAACGUAUCUUUACGCAGCUAUGAGCAGCCCGCGGCUUCGCUUCCGCCAAGAAAAUAUGAGCUAAUUUACCUCAACUUGUUUCUUCAUGUCGCUGCUCACGUGUCUGCUGUCUAUGGUCUUUAUCUGUGCUUCACUGCGGCGCAAUGGAAAACUAUUUUCUUUGCGUAUCUGUGGUUGGUGAUGGGUGAGCUGGGGGUGACGGCCGGCGCGCACCGCCUCUGGUCGCACCGCUCGUUCAAGGUCACGCCGCCUCUGGAGACCCUGCUCAUGCUCUUCAACUGCAUCGGGUUCCAAAACACGGCGACGGACUGGGUCCGGAACCACCGGCUGCACCACAAGCACAGCGACACCGACGCGGACCCGCACAACUCUAGACGGGGCAUGCUGUUCUCGCACAUCGGGUGGCUGUGUGUGAGGAAACAUGCCGACGUGAAGGAGCGCGGCAAAACUACCGACAUGAGCGACAUCUACAGCAACCCGGUGCUGUGCUUUCAGAAGAAAUACAAAUUACCUUUGAUCGGGGCGAUGUGCUUCGGCCUGCCGACGCUCAUACCGACACUCUGGGGAGAAGAUAUCGUCACGGCGUGGCACGUCAACCUGCUGCGGUUCGUCCUCAACCUCAACAGCGUCUUGCUGGUCAACAGCAUAGCUCAUAAGUACGGCACCAGGCCGUACGACACGACGAUAUGUCCGCGGCAGAACACCGCUUGUAACAUGAUGACCCUGGGGGAAGGGUUCCACAACUACCACCACACCUUCCCGUGGGACUACAGGUCAGCAGAACUAGGAAAAAAUUACCUAAACUUCACAAAAUGGUUCAUAGAUGUGUUCGCUCUCAUUGGCUGGGCGUAUGACCUCAAAACUGUGCCUGACGACAUGAUCCUAAGGAGAAUGAAAAGGACGGGAGAUGGCUCCAACUCCUGGGGCUGGGGCGACAAGGACAUGACGACGGAAGAAAGAGAAAGCGCUACUAUCAUCUAUCCUGAGAAAAAAGAACGAGAUGAUAUAAAUAUGAUUUCUAAAAAAUUUGAUUAUAGUAAAAUCUUUAGUCAUGAUUAUUUUAGACUGUUUGACGAGCUUUAA